AAGUGUUCAGUAUCAGCAUAACAGAUUCAGCUGCUCAACGAAGCUCAACAGAUCGGGGAUGUCGUUGAAAUAGAUCAUGGAUUUCCAACUGCUUGUUUACCUGGUAGUCGUCGGAAGCGUUUGUGAUUCGUGCGUGCGAUUUGCUACAGCCGAAUUUUUCACCGACCAACCACCGGAUGACUACUUCCAGCGCAAAACGAUGACAGAUUGCCCAGAUCGUUUCUACAGCGAUCGUCAGAGAUAUGAUGAGGAAUCUGCAUACGGUGGGGAACGGGCUAAAAUAGGCGAAUUCCAGCAUAUGGCAGCUAUCGGAUGGACAAAAGAUGACGAAAUAAAGUAUAAGUGUGGCGGAACGCUCAUCGGUCCCACAUUCAUUCUUACCGCGGCUCAUUGUGCCUAUGACGAGAACAACAAUGCCCCAGAUACGGUCCGGUUAGGUGACACCAAUUUGGGGAGUCCAGAGGACGAUCAAUAUGCACAACAAAUCAAGAUCAAAUCAUUGAAAAGACAUCCAGAAUAUCGAUUUACCAGAAAGUACUACGAUAUUGCCCUGAUUGAACUGGAAUCGGAGGCUAAAUUUAACGACGGCAUUUGCCCGGCCUGUUUAUGGUUGGAGAGUGAUGUCCCUCGGCAAGAGUUGACUGCAAUCGGCUUUGGAGUUACCGGUUUUGCUGAAAGUCCCAGUCCCACCCUGCAAAAGGUGCGACUAAAUGAAACAGACACCAUUGAAUGUUCGAUACAACUACCAAUUAGUAACCGAACACUACCUUAUGGUUUGGUCAAGGAACAGUUCUGUGCGAACAGUGCAACCAUGGACACAUGUGAGGGUGAUUCAGGAGGACCGAUUCAAGUCGAUCGAAUUGAUGUCAACAAGGCGUUGGUUCCAUUGGUGGUCGGCAUUGUUUCUUUUGGAACACCUUGCGUUGAGGGAUCAACCGGGGUUUAUACAAGAGUAUCUUCAUACAAAGAAUGGAUUGAACAAGAGAUUCAACGACCAAUUGAUUAUAUGACCUGUGCCCGAACAUCAAACUGUUACUUCAGAAGAAAACAACAAAUCGGUAUAACAUACCCGCUUGAUCCGCCCCAACACCGAGUUGGUCUUCUCUGGGAUAUAGAAGACCGGAACAAAUUCCGCUGUGGAGCCACAUUGAUAGACUAUCGUUUUGUUUUAACAUCGGCAUUUUGUGCCAGAACGAAACAAGGCUCGCCGCUUUAUAUAAUCGUUCAGGGAACUGAUGAAAUAGUCCUUGUCGAAAGUGUUUACGUUCACCCCAGGUAUGACCCCGAAGAUUCGGAGAAUGACAUCGCGCUACUCAAACUAACGAAAUAUUUAGAACCGAGUUCGGGGGCAUUGCUACCGGUAUGUCUUUGGCGAGAGCAGGAAGUGCGAGACCAGUUUGGUAUGAUGCAUUUCUCCGCAUACAGCAACGCUUUCUCUGAUUUGAGUUCCUAUACUAAGAACAAUCACCAACGUUACGUCAUUGAAUCGAGCAUUAUUGAAAAUGGAAAAUGCGCCAAUCCAGAACAUAACGAAAAUAACCUCCUUUGCGGACAUAACCAAAUAAAUUUAAUUCCAAACAUAUGCGAAAUGGAUUACGGAGGUCCGGUCAUGAACCUGUCUUACCAUGACUAUCUGCCUUACUUAUAUGGAGUGGUUUCGACGCUCAGCAGCGGCUGCGGUGAAGAUUUGGUGGGGACAAGAGUGUAUCCCUAUUUGGAAUGGAUCGAAAGCAUUGUAUUGGAUCAUGAGAACGAACGCUUUUAUUUUACAUCAUAAGAAUCUUACAAACGCAUAUAUUAUGUUCGUAUGAAAAUCGAAAUUUUCGAAUAAAAAGGGAAAAUUUGGAAAAUUUUA